UUCCUGGCAUUGGCUGUUAAACACGUUUACCCGGAACAAUUUGAAGUGUCUACGCAUUCGCUCCCAUAGACUGCAAUGCAGUCUGUUAUGCAGAGCGCUGUGGUUUAGAAUCCGCUUGAAUUUCCGUAUCUUCUCCCGCUGUGGUCGGACACCGUGGUCCUGAAUUUGCUGCUUUUCCUUUCUGUGGACUUGCACACAGCGCCUGCGUGUCAGCUAGCUGACUCUGCUAGAGCAAUGGCGGGGAUGCUUUGUCAUAAUGAUUGAACUUCACAAUUUUGUGCAUGCGCCAGUAAAGACAAAUUAAGUUUAAUGAUUAAAAAGUUCGCGUAAGUACAAUUGCAAUUUGAAAGUCGUGGGACUGAAAGAGCUACGAAGAGCUACGUUCUGUUAUGGCUUUAACUCGGAUGUUUGCACGUGUGGGUAGCAGUUUACAUUCCUUGUCCAGAUGUCGCACCCAAGCCCUGUCACCAGUGAUCCCCGCGCGCGUUCGGACGGGUGGCAACAGACGAUGGCAACACACAGCUCCACAGUCUACUAGCUGUAGUUGGCAGCUUCGAGAUGACUGCUUCGCACUGCGAACAUAGACAAUCAACCCCAUAUGGCGGAAGGUCUUAGUAGCCCAAGUUAGCCCAAGAUCGCCAGUAGGCCUGAGGAGCAGCUGCACUCACGUGAAAAGCUGAACUACGGUGGGCUCGUGAUGCACCUGGAUUACGUGUGGCUGCGGGACCACUGUCGAUCCGCGUCCUGCUACAACUCCAAAACCAACCAGCGCAACCUGGACACGGGAAACGUGGAGCUCACCAUACGGCCAGUGAAGACCCGGGUGGAUGAAGAGUCGCUCUUCCUCACGUGGCCGGAUGGUCAUGUGACUCGGUACGGCCUGGCCUGGUUGAUGGAGAACAGCUAUGAGGGACAGAGGCAGAGGGCCAUGCAGCCUCGCAUCCUGUGGAACUCGGAGAUCUACAGCAGUGCCAAGGUGCCCAGUGCCAGCUGGGACCGGUUCAUGAGCUGCAGCCAGGAGCUGAAGAGCUUCCUCAACAGCUUCCUGCUGUACGGCAUCGCCUUCGUGGACAACGUCCCAGCAACGCUGGAGGCAACGGAGUUAGUGACCCAGAGAGUGAGCAUCAUCAGGGAGACGAUGUACGGCAGGGUGUGGAACUUCACCUCAGAUUUCUCGAGAGGGGACACGGCCUACACAAAACUGGCUUUGGAUCGCCACACCGACACCUCCUACUUCCAGGAACCAUGUGGGAUCCAGGUGUUCCACUGCCUUCGGCACGAGGGCACUGGAGGACGGACGUUGCUGGUGGACGGCUUCUACGCCGCAGAGAAGGUGCUCCAGCAGACCCCGGAACACUUUGAGCUGCUGGCGCGUGUGCCCAUCAAACACGAGUACAUCGAGAACAUGAGCGACCACAGCAACCACAUGAUCGGAAUUGGCCCAGUGCUCAACGUGUACCCCUGGAAUAACGAGGUGUACAUGAUCCGGUACAACAACUAUGACCGUGCUGUGAUCAACACGAUCCCCCAUGACGUGGUGCAGCGCUGGUACGUGGCCCAUCGACAGCUGACCACCGAGCUGAGGAAGCCUGAGAAUGAGCUGUGGGUGAAGCUCAAACCAGGAAAGGUGCUCUUCAUUGAUAACUGGCGGGUUCUGCAUGGUCGGGAGUCCUUCACUGGUCUGAGGCAGUUGUGUGGGUGCUACCUGACCCGGGAUGACGUUCUCAACACAGCCCGUUCCCUGGGUCUGCAGGCCUGAGGGACCCCAGCGGCACCAAAGCACUCCCCAAAACACAGCCUCAUCCAGCACAAAAACACAGCCUCAUCCAGUACCAAAACACAGCCUCAUCCAGCACAAAAACACAGCCUCAUCCAGCACCAAAACACAGCCUCAUCCAGUACCAAAACACAGCCUCAUCCAGCACAAAAACACAGCCUCAUCCAGCACCAAAACACAGCCUCAUCCAGCACCAAAACACAGCCUCAUCCAGCACCAUAACACAGCCUCAUCCAGUACCAAAACACAGCCUCAUCCAGUACCAAAACACAGCCUCAUCCAGCACCAAAACACAGCCUCAUCCAGCACCAAAACACAGCCUCAUCCAGUACCAAAACACAGCCUCAUCCAGUACCAAAACACAGCCUCAUCCAGCACCAAAACACAGCCUCAUCCAGCACCAAAACACAGCCUCAUCCAGCACCAAAACACAGCCUCAUCCAGCACCAAAACACAGCGCCAUCUAGCACCAAAACACAGCCUCAUCCAGUACCAAAACAUAGCCUCAUCCAGCAUCAAAACACAGCCUCAUCCAGCACCAAAACACAGCCUCAUCCAGCACCAUAACACAGCCUCAUCCAGCACCAAAACACAGCCUCAUCCAGUACCAAAACACAGCGCCAUCUAGCACCAAAAGACAGCCUCAUCCAGCACCAAUACACAGCCUCAUCCAGCACCAGAACACAGCCUCAUCCAGCACCAAAACAUAGCCUCAUCUAGCACCAAACCACAGCCUCAACCAGGACCAAAACACAGCCUCAAACAGCACCAAAACACAUCCUCAUCCAGCAUAGACUGCUGAUCACACUUGUGCCCCCUAGACAUGCUGAUAGCGACCACCCUUUCUCAUAUUAACCUCAAAUAAAAGUUCCAUUGGGGUGGUCGAUACACGUGCUCUUAGCAACCAAAAGCUAGCGCUGGACCACCUCUGACUUAUUUGCCGGCACAGAAAAAGUGAAGGUACUGAAAAAAUAACCACUGGAGAAUAACAAGGACAUUUUUUUCCUACAUAACUAGGUACAGGUUGUUACCGAUAUUACACCUAGUUCAUAUAUAGUUGCAAAUCAGUUUACAUUUUCCUGUCUGUCGAAAGAAGGUGGUCGAUGAUAGGUGCUCUCACUCUACUUGGCGGUCACAAAACUUUCCGCCCCCAGCCCCUGACGUAAGCGAUUCUUGGUUCUAGACCAGCCAAGUGUUGGUGCCGCUCUGGAACCAGUUUUUCUGGCCGAGAGCCGGUUCUUUUGCUGUCGAAACGCGAAUAACUGGUUCGAGAUUAGGCACCGGCUCCGAACCUGCCCUCGAAAUGCCUUGGUGGAAAAGGGGUAUUGGAGAACUCUUCACUCACACCUGGAGAAAUCCCCAGUCUCACCUGGUCAAAUCCCCACUCAAACUUGGAAAACUCCCCACUCCCACCAGGAGAAAUCACUUUUAAAUAUUUCAUUUAACUGGCAUAGGACAGCAUUUAAACCUGUUUUAAUGUAUAAAUGCUAGGAUGUAGGCUUCAGCCUGUUGAUUGUGAAAUUGAUGAUCAUACAUUUACAAUGUUUUGGACCUGAAGAUAUGUCUUCUUACUGAUGGAUUUUUAGAGGCUAAUUAUUUGCUUAGCCUAUGAUCAAUGUUUCUCAAAUUAAGUUAUAUAAUCAUGUACACUUUCUUUUCUAUAUAAUGUGGGCUCACAGAGUGGAGCUGGUGAAUGCUUAUUUAAACUGGAAAUGUUUGCAGUUUUUAAAGCAUAAAUUUAAAAGUUCUAGAAUCUCUGGACUUCUGUUUUUAUAAGAUGUUUUACAUUGUAGCAUAUACAUGAUGUGUGAUAAUAUCCUUCAUGCAGUGUAGAGAAGUACACUGUAUGACCGAAUGAAUCUGGACUGGAGCUGUUUUUCAUGCUUGAAAUCACAAAUCCUGACACCCGUAUAUAAUUUCUGAGCUGGUUAACUGUAAUGUGGCUUAUUCUGAUCGAGGCCGUCUGAUCAGUGACACUCGGCCUACUCUGCUUUCAGAAGGGUCUCACCCACAUUUGAUUGUUUUUUGUUUUGCUGUUUAAAAAUCCAAAUUUAAUUGGAUUUUCCCCCUCCUACUCCAAUGUUAGUAUGUCUCUAUAAUUCUCAACAUUAAAUAAACUAUUUGGGUAUCUCAGAAUUAUGUUAAAAAUUACUUAAUUGAUAAGUAUGCCCGCCCUAAAUUUGGCCAUGUGCACUCUCGCUCUAAAUACCUUAAGGAGCUCAUCUUGUGUUGGGUUUCAGGUUUGCAGAAUAAAUACCAGAGACACUGGGAGGUCUCAACUUAAACAGUAAAUCAGAUGUCCAUUCAUAAAAGGCCAAGAAAUUGCCUGUGGAUCUUUGCGAUUGAGUUGUCAGGUGGCAAAAAGCUGGAGAAGGUUAUAAAAAGAUUGGCAAAGCUUCUCUUAAGUCUUUUGUUCUUUUGUAAUUAGAAUGGAAAAGUAUUGCACAACUGAGACUCUCCCAAGAUCUGCCUGAUCUACCAAACCAUGUGACCAGACAUAGGCAAUUGUCAGAGAAAUAACCAAUGAAAAACUUUGCAAAUGAGAAAUGUCAAAUUUUGAUUUCUGGAAAAACUGUUGAAUAAAAAUGUGUUUUUGCAUUAUA